CGGGACACCACCCGUCCUCCCGCGCCUUUUCCCGCUAGCCAACGCGCGGCACCGCACCACAAGGCGCGCCCUCCCCCCUGCCCCUCUCUCUCUCUCGCCUGCAGCGCCUAGCGAGCCCUCGUCUUCCCCUCCCCAUUAUUCCCGGGAUUCCCCUGUUGCUGCGACUGCGGCCCGCCCCACCCACCUACCGCCGCCCGCCUCCUCCUUCCCCUCGCUUCCGAGCAAAGAAAGCUUCGAGCGAACCGCGAGAGCAGCAGGGGGGGGGGUUCGGUUCGGAGGACGCACGGGACCAGGGCCAUGGGGAAGUACAUGCGCAAGGGCAAGCUGUCCGGGGAGGUCGCCGUCAUGGAGGUCCCCGGCGGCGCGCUGCUCGGCGUCCGCACGCGCUCCCGCACGCUCGCGCUGCAGCGGGCGCAGAGGCCGCUCGACAAGGGGGAGGUCGACCAGGCCGCCGGGGAGUACCUCGAGCUCAGGAGCCGGAGGCUUGAGAAGCCGCACAAGGAGCAGCCGGCGGCGGCGGUGGCGCCCGCGCCGAAGAGGGGUGCCGGGAGGAAGGCGGCCGCCGCGGCGUCGCCGGCCGCGCUGGCGGAGGACGAGGUCGAGGUCUCCUUCGGGGAGAACGUGCUCGACUUCGACGCCAUGGAAAGGAGUACCAGAGAGACGACACCUUGCAGUUUGAUUAGGAACUCAGAGAUGAUAAGCACCCCAGGAUCCACAACUAAAAGCAAAAACAGCAACUCGAUGACUUCCCGUCGCAGAAUUGAAGCCUCGAUCUGCCGGUUCAUACCGAGUUCACUCGAGAUGGAAGAGUUCUUUGCAGCGGCUGAACAACAGGGGCAGCAUACCUUCAGGGAGAAGUAUAACUUCUGUCCUGUGAACGACUGUCCUCUGCCGGGACGGUAUGAGUGGGCGAGGCUAGACUGCUAGAUUUUCAGCACAAGAGCUCCAUUGAUCUGAUAUGUCUACAACAAUGACUAGUGCCGUGGCCGUGGCGCAACCAACUGGACUGCACUAGCUUUCUUGUCUCUUGUAAAAAUUAGAGUAGUUAGCCCGUAGCUGAAUGAUCUUGUGUAACGAACAGGUGCAGCGCUGAGUUACACCCGGAUCCCCAACCUCACUGUAACGUUAACUGCUCGAUGCUCAUGCUGUAACCGAACCAUCUCAUGUAGUGUAGUGUUAGGCCUAAUCAUCUGUUCCUAGUCCUUGAAUUAAUUUAAUGAGUUAGAGUUAGAUUUGCAUGGCAUUUGCCUGA